GUCAAGCUGAAAUGUAACACGUAAAUUCCUUAUUACUGGGCUAGUUGUAGUAACUAUUUUAGGAAAAUAUUUUUACAUUUUGGAUAAAGGGCCAUUUGAUGUCUCAGCGGCCUAAUUUUAAGCCAGGAAUGCGUUCUUUGAUUGUCGCUUUUUGACCACGAACAGAACUCAUGUCAACAAGAAUGGUUGGCGAAGACACAGAGCUGGAGGCUACGUCUAACCUUACUGAUGGUGAUCGCAAAGAAACAAGGAAAUACAGGCCUAUUGAUGCAUUUUUUCAGCCAGCCAAAGCAGUAGAAGGUGCAAAAACUCAGUUGGGACACAAGAUUGCACUGUCAAACUUUACGAAACCCAGUCAGCCAUCAACAGACACAAUUGACGGCGACAAGAGGGAGAAUAAGAUAAUUCAGGACACUAAAGCUUCUGGCUCAAUUUGUGGAAAUGAAGGCCAAACUUUGAAAAAGAAACAAUGUUUGUUGGAUGGAAAAUUGGGUUACCAAGCACCAAAACAGGAUUCAUCCCUAGAAGAAGAGUUAAAAUCAAAACAAAAUAAACGUAAGUGGUCAGUCACAUGCGCUGUGCGUAACACUUCAAAACUUUUGAAUAGUUCAGGAUCAGACUUUGAAGAUGAUGGGAAAGAUUUGUUUAAUGCAAAAAAUAAACUAGAACAAAAGUCUUGCAAGAAGAAGGUGAGAGAUAAAAAAAGAACUGUACAAGAAUGCAAGGGAAAAAUCUCAAAACUGUCAGAUGACAAGGAGAAAGAAAUUGAAACAAGUCAAGUUAAACAUACAGGGGAAGAAUCUCAGAGAAAUAUUGGUAUUGAAGCAAAAGUUCCAGUUACCAGUGGUAAUAGUGAACAAACUAAGGAAUUCAGAACUAGUGCCUUUGAUGUUUUGAUGAAUAGACAAAUGGUUAGGAAACCAGAAGAUGAUGGGCCAGAGGUUUCUGUGGAUGAAUUUCAAGAUGCAUCAAUUGAAAUUAUUUCAGAAACUUCAAAUUCUUGUGAUAUUGUUGAUUGUAAAGAAAUGUUCCACUCCAAUUCAAAUGUCACAAAAUUAUCAGAAUCAAGGAAAGAUUCUUCUUCAGAUAGAAAUCACUUUAUCAAAAACACCGAGACAAAUGCUUUUGAUUUAUUGAUGAAGAAAGGAAAGAGUCCCAAAAAAGGAGAUUCCCAGCUUCAGCUUGAGCCUGAUAAACUUCCACAAAAUUUUGAUGGCUCAUCCAAAUUAAAACCCAAGAAGAAAUCUUUUGAAUUUCAUCUGAGUAUUCUUGGUGGCAAGAAGAAAGAUGUGGAUUUUGUCACAGAAUCUGAAGAUCUAGGCACUGAUGUUCAAAACUGUGAAAGGGGUGUAAAGAGGAAAAGGAAAAGGAGAAAACCUGGAGAUGGAAGUGAGUUGCUUGAGAGUGAAAGUGAUGAAGCCAUUCUCAGUGAAAAUUCUAAAGAGGUGGUGGUGGUUUCUAGAUCAAAAAGAGGAAGGCAAACAAGUAAAGUUGCAAAUGAGAAACAUGUAGAGGGAGACAAAGUUGUGAUGGACGAGAAGGGAAAGAGUGAGAAGAAAGGAAGAAGAACUGGGAACAGAAGCACUACCACUGGCAGUGAACUGAGCAAUACUCUGCACGUCAGGGAAGCUCGGUGUGGAAGUGAAAAGAAACAGCAAAGAGGCAAUGAUGAUGUAGAUGCUAAAGAAAUGAAGGAGAAAAGGAAUGUAAAAGCUAGAAAGAGAGGUGACACAGCUUCCACACAAGGGCAGUUCCAAGAUAAAUCACCCUGCUCUGAAGACCUUGAAAUGCCCAAGAGAAGAAGAGAUCAGAAGAAAAAGAAUGGACAGUCAAGCAAGGAACAGUCAAGCAAGGAACAGUCAAGCAUUGACUGCAGAAUUGUUGAUGAAAGGCAGGAAAAAGCUGACAGUGAGAAAGAAAAAGGAACUAAGAACUUGACUGACAAUGAGAAAACAGCUACAUGUAAAGAGCCCAAACCUUUGGCCUCCAUAUUUCUAAAAAAAAAGGCAUUAAACCCCAAAGCUGACAUUUUAGAAGAACAGCCCACAGAUUUGGUUCAAUCAGUAUCAUCACCCACCACAACCUCAACGACAAUGGCGGACAACACUGCUGAUAUCUGUAGAACAAGUGAUACGCAUUCCUCUUCACUGAAAGAAAAACCAACCAUCAAUCAGGAAGCUGCCAAAAAAGCCUUUAAUGCAUUGUUCACUGGCGCACGUCAUCAGAAAACUCUCCCUGUUGUAACUGCGGCAGAGGUUCUUCCAGCUCCUUGGCCAACUGUCAGCCAUGUGGUUCAAAAAGAGUAUCAUAGUUCUCUUGGUGUUAAUUUCUGGAGUCUUCCUUGGCCCAUUGGGAGAGGUCAGAAAUCAGAUGAUUUCUCUUGCAGUUUAUUACCUGAAGAUUACAUUUCCAACGCAAUGUCACAAGAAGAUAAAGUGAUGUUUUCUGGAUCAAGAGCUUUUGAACAGUCCUUGUGUCACUCCAAGAGAGUGGAACCUAAAACAACAACCAAAAGUUUCUCAGAGGCUAUCACAAAGAGUAUUGUCUCAGAGCUGGCUUUGUUUUACCCUGGCAUACCCUUAAGGAAACUUUACAGACGAUAUUCAUCAAAACUGCAAAAGUACAGAGUAAAUAGUACUGUUGCAGACCUUGAACAAACUGUCCCUGAGAAAAAGCCAGACGAGAGAGUGAAGAGCAGAGUGGAUUCAUUAGGAGACAAAGAUGGGAAAGGUAACAUUGUGGCAUUGUCUUGUGAUGGGGAAAGAAGCCUGGAGAAAGAGAUUGCAAGGAAAAAGGAUGAUUUAUUAGUAUCAGAAGAGGAACAAGGUCCUGCAACCAAACAGCCUGUGGAGAAGCCACGCCAGAAAAGAAGAAGAGAAGAUGAUGGUGACCAAUAUCAGGCGGAGGUCAUCAAGGGACGAAGGUUAUCCUUAAGAAUCCGUAGAAAGAAGACAACCUUGGAGUGUGACACUCUAGACAAUAAUUUGGAGAUACCAGAAACUACAUCAAACAGAAAGAAGAGAAAGAGAACAGGUGAUUAUCAAGAUGUUGGAAAAGAAACGUCAGAACCUUCCACACAAUUCAACAAGGCUGUAGAGAUACCUGUUGUUCCCAACAGUUGUGCAAGUAAUGUGGAGACUUUUGUCAAUGAUGCAUUGUGGACAGAGUUGUAUCGACCACUGCACUCCACUGAAGUCAUGGCUAAUGCUUCUUCUGUCAGCAAACUGCGAUCCUGGCUGCAAGAAUGGAAAAUCAAGAGAGAAAAGACCCUGAGGAAAGAACUACAGCAACAGAAAAGGCUUCUAGCAAAACAGAAAGGCAAGCAGUCAAGCCACAGCCAAGGCUCCAGCCACUCUCUGGAGCGGUGGGAUGCAGACAGUGACUCUGACUUCCAAAUGAGUGACCAUGCUUCAGAUGAUAGUGACACAGAAGAAGGUGGUUUAAAUACUGCCAUGUUUAUCUCUGGUCCCACAGGAGUUGGGAAAACAGCCAUGGUGUAUGCAUGUGCAGAGGAACUAGGUUACAAGGUAUUUGAAGUCAACAGUUCCUCCAAGCGUUCUGGCAAGCAGAUCAUGUCACAGCUUGAAGAAGCUACUCAGUCACACCUUGUGAUCAACAACAAGGGUCCUGCCCCUCAGUCUUCCUUUGCAGGCCUCUUUGAUAAACCUGUAAACAGUUCUCCCCCCUCCACUGGUCCCCUGAGUGCCUUUUUGCAGAAGAAUACAAGUGUGUCUGAAACCAAAGCCAGCAAGAAUGGGAAAAGAAAGAAAGAUGGGGACAUGAAAGAGAAGAAGAAAGUGGAAUCCAAAGGGAAAGGCAAAUCCAUUCUCAAGCAGCCAUCACAACAAAUCAAAGAUGACAGUGAAUCAUGUUCAAAUUUGUCUUCAAAAGCUGCCUCUCUGAUUUUGUUUGAAGAGGUUGAUGUUAUUUUUGAAGAAGACAAGAGUUUCUGGAUGGCUGUAAACUCCUUCAUGCAGAAUGCUAAGUGUCCCAUUGUUUUGAUAAGCACAGACUCACAAGUGAGCUGUGAGGGACGAUAUGAACAAGUCAAGUUGAAAUCUCCAUCAGUGAAUCUUUUAGCUGCACAUCUACAACUUGUAGCUUUGACACACAAUAUUUUUGUCAAUCCUGAAGACCUCAAGUCUUUGGUUGUACAAAACAACUGUGACAUUCGCAAGUCUCUCUUUGAUUUGCAAUUCUGGUCAGGAUCAGGAGGGGGAGUAAAGAUGCCAUACACAAGACCAGUGAGUCUAGAACCAAUUAAAAAUGAUGUUGGCAGAAGCAAUCUGAAGCCUCAACAUACGUCUGUAACUUGUAAAAGUGGCAGUGAGAAUCUGAAGACUGGCAUUUCUUCUCAAGAUGUUAAUCAGUUUGAACCUCUUGCAACUGGUGGGAUUUUAAAUGACGAUGGAGAAGAAAGCCUGUUUCUUUCCUUAAGUGAUUGGCAGGCAAUCAAGAACAGAGGAGCUACAAGCCACUUGCGCUCUUCCUCGAGAGGAACUCUUGGUCAAGCCUAUGGUGAUAACUCGGAUUCUGAUUUCUUUGAGCCUAAGAGGGCAAAACUGUCAUGUCCCGAAGGCUCAGCAGAUUCUGUCUUUGAAAUCACAGACACAAAUGACAGUCAACCAGUCAGCACUGUAAACGAAAAAGCUGAUACCUCCCGCCAGCUUCCCCCAGUGGAUUCCUUGCUGUUCGAGAGUGUGCACGGGAUGCUCAAUUGCGUGGCUGACCCAACUGUUGGGUCGUUGUCAAUUCUGCAAAAGGGAAAGAAAUCUGGAGAUAACGUUAAGGACUAUGGCAUUUUUGACAAGCUGCGACUGACACACUUCACCCAAGGACUUGAUUUGAAUUUGGUCCAAACAAAUCUGAGUAACCUCAUCCCGCUGUUUGCUGAAUCAUCAUCGUCAUUGCCGCAGACCAGACAUGAUCCACAAGAGGCUCCACUUGAAGACCAGACAACUGAUGUUGAGCAACCAAUUGCAGAGGAAAUGGUUUUCAAGAGUGUUAAUAUAUUCUCUGAUAGAAGUCUUUUUGACGAUGGCACUGAUGAAUCUACCAAUAAAGGGGAGACUGAAGUUGUCACGGAAACAGAUCAUUCCAUAGAUAAGGAAUCAGAAGAUGGAAAGACAAAGCUGUUGAAUACUUCUCAGGACUCUGUAGACACAGGCUUUAGUGAGUCUCAACCUAAAGAGGGGACUGGUGCCGCUGGGGAAGGUGAAAUGCUUAAAGAGGACUCUGUAAUCUGUGGAGAAACUAUCUUGAAAGGAAAGAAACCUGUUCGUAAAACGCAUUCCCAUAGAGAAAGAUGCUGCACCAAAGCUUUAGAUGUAUUCGCGCAGUUUGCAGAAAACCAGUCGUUUUUAGAUGCCUUCUGCCCAAGUCUCUCUGUCUCUAACACCCAGUCUUCCUCUGUUGAUUUUGGCUGGUGGGAAGCUGUGCUGAAGCCAGGGCUCACAGACGAGCACGUGACCGUAGAGGAGUGCAGUCAUUGGUUGGCUCGUGAUACACGAGCAAGCAUUCGGGCAGCAUCAGAAGUGGCUAAUUUGGAGAGUUGUCGCACCAAAGUGAAUUGUCUGGCUAAUGAUUUAAAAGAAGUUAAAAAUGUAGAUAAAGAGGAGAGCCCAAAUAUUUCGGAAAAUGAGCUUUUUAAUUCUAGCUUAAUAUCGGAAGACCUUCCUCCACGUGAUUGUGGUUCUUUGUUGCAGUUGAUUUCACCCUCGCUCACACAAAGAAGUUCCAUAGCGAGCCGAAGAAAGCUCUGUACCUCCGUGCUGUCAUGUAUCCCCUCACUGUACCACUGCGAUCAUCGCUGUGUAGCAAGUGAUUACAUACCAACGUUUCGCUUGCUUUGUCACUCAGAAAGACUCCGAGAAGCUGCUAACGUCAAAAGAAGAUUUCUUCAUUAUCUGGAUCUUAAUUCGUUUCCAUUGGGUCGUUCCACAAUGGAGGCUUUAGCAGACAGUUAUCUGGGACAGUAGCGUAAUAUAAUGCGGUUUUUUGAACAAUUUAUAAUUUCUUGAUUCUUUUGCCGAGUGAAAUGUAAUUUGGGGCUGGAGGAGAUACUGUUGAUGUAUAAAAAGUAAUGUUUUCAAUCUCGUACUCUUAUUUCCUCCAAAACGUGUCCUUGUGUCUUAGCAAUUGCUGUUAUAUCUAAACACAAAUCCUGGUUGAUACGUUUCGCUCGUUUUCAUAGCCUCCGUGCAAAAUAGUUUGCCAAUUUUGUCUCGAUAAGUUAACUUUUCAUCAUUCUUUUUAGUAAAAAACCUGAUAAAAUCUUAGGUCACGAAUUUAAGAAGGUUUUUAGCGACGAGGGAAGAUUUCUUUUUUAAGAAAAUUAAGCUCCUUUGCAAGGUGGAGAAUCAAGAAGUUAAAAACUCGAACUAGGAGCUUUGUGUACAACACUUCAUUAUUGGAAUUCAAGCAGACGUAUUUCAUAAUUAAAUACUGUAUAUACUUAAGCCAAGUUUUUAACUGUCAUUUUGACUGUCGAAAGGUAUCACAAUUAUCCAGUCGGGUAAAUAAUCACCGUUCUAAACUGAUGAACUUCUGAAUACAAUAAUGUAUAAACUGAAAUAUUAAUAUAAUUCGUUGUCUGGGUUUUUCUAUGAUUGAACAAGAAAGUCAGAAACUCCUCUGUUCUUUAUAAUUGUUAAAAACUGGAGAUACUGAGUCGAUUGGACAAGAAGGUCGGAGACUCCUCGGUUCUUCAUGAGGUUUUUCAAAAACAGAAUCUACAAAGUCGACUGGACAGGAAGGUCGGAAACUCCUCAGUUUUUACGAGAAUUGUCGAACAAUAUGCGAGUGAACCUAUUUCAGAUAAACAGAGAUAUUUUAUUGUAAAUAUUUUUGAAACUGUCAGUGGAAGAAAUGCUACUUUUGUUUAAUAUUUAUGAAUUUAGUUCUUCCUGAUCACGAUUUUCCCUCUAUAGAUGAAAUCCCAUUCUUGUGUUACAUGGUAUUGAUGAUGCAGCGCUUAAAUUUGGACUUCCUUCGGAGAAAGGAUUAAAAUAUAUAAUUCAUCAAGGCCUCAAUGUCAUAAGCAGCUGUUUUCUUGACAGGUGUUUCGUGGAAUUGUGGUGUGUCUAAUACGAGAAAUUUUACUCCAAUUUUCCACGCGUAAACCUGGUACGUUUCUUAAGAAAACUCAUGGCGGUGGUCAUUUGCUAGUCGAGAUGACUUGUCAGUGGCUUUUGUUGAAGGAAAUUUUUGCUUGGCUACUUGUCAGGAAAAACUUAGCUAACGGAAAUCAAGGUUUCAUUCUUAGGCCGUCCAUGAAAUUGUUUUUGUGUGUUCGCUGGUGUUUUUAUUUCCCUAUUUGGAUCUGCUAUCUAGGACUGAGAUAGAAGAUACCGAACCAUAGAUACAACUUACUAAUCUGUUUCCAGCGACCAUUUGGAAACCACUGUUAAUGAUAAACCUAUGAAGGAAGUGGGGUGCGAUACGUAGCUAGAUCUAAAUUUAAGGCAUUUAUGUGUAUGUAUAACUUAAUUUAAUUUAUUCAAUUAAAUUAGUCAUGUAAAAAAAAUUGCUUUU